UGUAGAAAUAUUCUUCCUCAUAUUGGUGUUUGCCUGUCUGUUGAUAACUGCUGGUUUUAUUUUUGUCAUUUCCUUUCUUGGUACUUUAACAGUUCAAGUCAGCUCAAACGCCUGGGACUUGUAAGAUGCUUUAGUAUUUCAGAUAAGGGAUUGAGUGAAGUGGCUGCAAAACUUCCAUUACUAGAGGAGCUUGCCAUUUCGUACUGUUCAUUGUCAAAAGAAGCUCUGGAAGCUGUGGGCCGUUGUUGCCCUCUUUUGAAAUCACUAAAUUUCAACAUCCGGUGGCACAUGAGGAAUGGAGAUUAUGAUGGGGAGGCAGUUGCUAUUGCAGAGAACAUGAGUGAAUUGCGCCGCCUCCAGCUUUUCGGAAAUAAGGUGACUAAUGAGGGUUUGCAGGCCAUCCUUGAUGGUUGUCCUCACCUUGAAUCGCUUGACCUACGCCGAUGUUUGAAUCUCACUCUGGCAGGGGAUUUGGGAAGAAGAUGUGCUCAACAGAUUAAACACUUGCGUCUUCCCCAUGAUUCCACUGAUGACUAUGAAUUUAAUGAUUAUUGUUCUGUUGUUGACGUAUCUGGUGGCAGCGUUGUCUCCGACGACGACUACGACUACGAAGAAUACGGCCACGUCGACAUUGAAUACCUUGAACCCUACGAUCACCCCGACAACCAAUGAUGGAGGUAUACCGGCCACCCCCAACUCAUAAGGAAAAAAGGAAAAAUAAAAUAAAAAUUGAAGGUAACAAAAAAUUUAUAAGGAAUUACUUUUAUUUUUAUUUUUUUAUUUUUUGCAUAUCGGCCUCUAGCAACACAAUUUAUGGACCUUCAGCCCCUGCCCAUACUAAACUCUGCCUACAUCGAUCCUUACCAACAACGACGAAGAUUCUAGGAUCGGGGUUUUUACUUUGAGCAGCAUAAAUGGAAUGAUUCUGAUGUUGUACCCAACUCUUCUUUUCCAAUAUUUUGAAUGUUUAAUAUUAGUAUUAUAUUGACUUUUA